AAUUUGCAUAGGCUGUGCUGGAGCAGGCAGAUCUGUUUCUGAAAACAAGGAGCAAGUUCUUCUUGCUGUGUCUCUGCUUCCCAAUGCCUCAUCAGAAGCUUUCUGCACUUGUUGAUGCCAUUUGCAGUUUAGUUAUCUGCAAUGACUCCUCCCUUCAGCGGCAUCAGUUCAUCUUCAAUCCAGACUUCUUUGUGGAGAAGCUGCGACAUGAGAAACCUGAGGCAUUCACAGAGCUUGUGGUCAGUAACAUCACCCGGCUGAUUGACCUGCCUGGAGCGGAGCUAGCCCAGCUGAUGGGACAGGAGGACCCUCAGUUGCCUGGCACAUCCUCAGGGUUUUUCCGUUCCCUGAUGUCUCUGAAACGCAAAGAGAAAGGGGUGGUUUUUGGAACUCCACUGACUGAAGAAGGUAUUGCUCAAAUAUCUCAACUGAUAGAAUAUCUGCAUAAGAAUCUGCGGGUGGAAGGCUUGUUCCGAGUGCCAGGAAACAGUACCAGGCAGCAGACCCUGAAAGAAGCCUUGAACAGUGGGACAGAAAUUGACUUGGAUUCAGGGGAGUUUCACUCCAAUGAUGUGGCCACUCUGCUGAAAAUGUUCUUGGGCGAAUUACCAGAGCCUUUGUUGACCCAUAAACAUUUCCAUGCACACCUCAAAAUUUCAGAUCUGAUGCAGUUUGAUGACAAGGGCAACAAGACCAACAUACCCGAUAAGCAGCGUCAGAUUGAAGCACUGCAGCUCCUCUUCUUGAUCCUACCAGCCCCCAAUCGCAGCCUGCUCAAAUUGCUGUUGGAUCUGCUUUAUCAGACAGCCAAAAAGCAGGACAGGAACAAGAUGUCAGCUCAUAACCUGGCUCUUAUGUUUUCACCUCACAUUUUGUGGCCUCGGAAUGUGACUGCCAGUGACCUACAGGAAAACAUUCCCAAGCUAAAUAACGGGAUGGCUUUUAUGAUCAAGCACUCACAGAAGCUUUUCAAGGCUCCCUCAUAUAUCCGGGAAUGUGCAAGGCUGCAUUACUUGGAUUCCAGAACACAUGCCUCAAAGGAUGACUUGGACUUGCCUGUGCCCCGGAAUUUCAAAGACUUCCAGCUUCUGAAAUUCAAGAAGCGAGGACUGGUGGAUCCCUCUGCCCACCAAGAAGACACACAGCAACAUACAGAAGAAGCACUGAAAGAGCUCUUCCACCAUGUUCAUAAUAUGCCAGACUCUGCCAAGAAAAAGAAGCUCAUUCAACAGUUUCAGAAGCACCCUGAAGCUCUCACUCCUCAGGCAGGUGCACCCACACCCCGGACCCAGAAGCGGGCUCGCACUCGUUCCUUCAGUGGCUUAAUCAAGCGUAAGGUGCUGGGGAGUCAAGGGUCCUUGGAUAAAAAAGGGAAGGAUGCAGUUUUGGAAUCGGCGGGCGUGAAAGAGCAGAAGCACGGCAGCAAGGAGAAUGUUAGCAUGGACUCCCGUAAAUAUACUCGAUUCCAUGGUUCCUUGACGAAGGAGUCUUCCAUUUGAAGAUCCACUCAAUGGUCGGUCUCUCUCUUUAUAUAAAUAUAUAUAUACACACAGCAAAGACUUGCAGCUCUGUGGAUAAUGCCUGCUACUCCCAAGCUGUGAGUCAGGACUCGCUUAUCCCUCUAACCUCACUUAUUGGAGCCUGGCCUACAACUGUGUGUCUGCCAGAAUAA